AUGAAGAACCAGUUUGUAUCGCCAUUAGGUAUAUACACAGCGCUUUCUGCGAUUCUGGUGGGUAGUGCCGGAGAAACAAAGACUGAAUUGCUUAAAGUGUUGCAUUUGAAGAAAUUAGAAACAAAUGGAAAAUUGCAUGAAGCCAUUGGUCGUACUCUGUCUAAGCUCACCUCUUCAACCGCACUGGAAUUGCUGAUGAGUACUGGGCUAUUUGUUCGGAACGACUUUGAUCUAAAUGACACAUAUGAAAAACACAUCGGUGAACUAUACGGAGCAUUGGCCAGAAGAGUUGAUUUUCGUGGUAAACCGGAUGAUCAGCGCAAACAUAUCAAUGCUUGGGUGUGCGAGAAAACCAAAGGGAAGAUUACCGAGCUGAUUUCACCUGGCACAAUCUAUGAGGAGACCUGCUUGGUACUAGUCAAUGCCUUAUACUUCAAAGGAAAAUGGUAUAAAUGUUUCGAUGAUCGUUAUACACAUCCUGGAGAUUUCUUCACCCUGGAUGGUGGAAGUACAACUGUCCAGAUGAUGUCACAAACGGAAGAAUUCGAGUGGGCAGAUCUGACUGAUUUAGAUUCGGUCUCUCUGUGGAUGAAAUUUGAGGGCAGAGUAAUUCUUCCCCGAUUCAAACUAAACACUAAUGAUGCCUGGGAGCCAGAGAAAACACUGAUAUCCUUGGGAGCAUCAUCAUUGUUCGACAAGAAGCGACCAAACUUGCCCGGAAUUCGUGCCUCACACUCACUGACGUUCGAAAACUUCAUGCACGAGGCUAAACUUGAGGUGAACGAAGUAGGAGCAGAAGCAGUGGCAGCGACCGCAUUUUGCGCUAGCGAUUCCAUGGGAAUCCAUUUUAAAGUGGAUCAUCCGUUUAUGGUUCUGUUGAUUGAUGAGAACAAUAUUCCAGUGUUUGCAGGUCAUGUGACGAAACCGGGAUAA